AUGACAGAUUAUGAGGGUUUCAAACAACUGGAAGUCAUCCGUAUAUCCGAGUUAACCAGAGCUACCGUUAGGUUUAACUAUCCAUUGGGCGCUAAUAUGUUGAAAUUGAUAAAUCUCGAAGAAUUUAUUAAAAGAGGCAGGCACAAAGCUGAGAGUAUCAUAAAAGACAUCGACAAUAACACUACUUUAGUGGCUAGUGCUGAUAUAUUUAAUUUUGAUACGGCACAUUUUAACUUGUUGAAUGAAUUUACGAGAAAAAUAUUGUGUGAAUGGGAUUACAACGACAACAUCAUGAUGGACCUGUUGACCGCGAUCACUCUAUUCAAUCCGAAUCGACCUAAUAUAGCCCACAGACAUAAUGUUAGAUAUUUGUUGUUCAAAUAUGGAUCGGAAUCGGAGUCAAAGCUACAAAAACUUAUGUUUUCAUUACAAGUGCUGCAAAUGUUAAGUAACUUUGAGUUGUCUAUGAAACAAUCGAUUAAGUAA